UCUCUCUCUCUCUAUGGGCACCACCACAACACUACUAGCUUUUAUCAGAUCCACCACUCCCUCUCUCUCCUCACCAACAACAACAAAGCUCUCUCGCUCCUCCCUCUCUCUCCUCAGCUCGAAACGCUCUCUCCUCAUCAGGAACCCCAAUUUCAACACCAGACGCACAUCGUUGUCGUUGUCGUCGUCGUUCUCAUCUGCGCUCAUGGCCGCUCCUCUCCAAGUCAACGCACCCUCUAUAGGUGCACUAAAUGAGUCACUUGAUGCUUCAUCCCCCGGUUUGGUCGGAGCCAAUGAUUUGCUGAUAGUGGGGCCUGGUGUUCUUGGGCGGUUAGUGGCUGAGAAAUGGCGGGAGGAGCACCCAGGGUGUCAAAUCGUUGGGCAGACAGUGACUGCGGAUCACCAUGAUGAGUUGAUUAAAAUCGGGAUUAAUCCAUUCUUGAAGGAAACAAAGGCAACUCAUAAGUUUCCUUACGUUAUUUUUUGUGCUCCUCCAUCCCGAACUCCGGACUAUCCAGGUGAUGUUAGGGAAGCUGCAUUAAGCUGGAAUGGGGAAGGUUCUUUCCUAUUUACUUCGAGCUCCGCCCCAUAUGAUUGCAAUGACAAUGGACAAUGUUACGAGGACAGUCCAGUAGUUCCAAUUGGGAGGAGCGCUAGGACUGAUGUCCUUUUGAAAGCAGAAAAUAUAGUGCUGGAGUCUGGUGGUUGUGUUGUCAGAUUGGCAGGACUUUACAAAGAAGAUAGAGGUGCACACGUUUAUUGGUUGGAGAAAGGUACUGUCGAAUUUCGUCCAGAUCACAUCCUCAAUCUUAUACACUAUGAGGAUGCAGCUUCUCUAUCAGUGGCAAUCUUGAAGAAGAAACUUCAAGGCAAAAUUUUUCUAGGCUGUGAUAAUCACCCUUUAUCCAGGCAAGAAAUAAUGGACCUGGUCAGUAGGAGUGGGAAAUUUAGCAAGAAGUUUGAGGGUUUUACAGGCACUUGUGAUCCUUUGGGAAAGAAACUAAAUAACGCAAAAACUCGGGAGGAAAUAGGAUGGGAGCCAAAAUACCCUAGCUUUGCUAACUUUCUUGGAUUGUGAGAGAGGUGGAAGAGUAAGGAGAGUUAAAGAGCACGUGAUGGAAGAUGAAGUUGCUUACCUUAGAUAUUCUAUUUGUUGGUUUUUUGAUGUCGCUGCAGUACAGAAUCUCGGCAUUACACAAGGGCGAUCGUGAAUACAAUCGAUACAUAGUUACUCAAGUGAUACUUUUGUGCACAUUCGAUUCCUUCUGACUUAAGGAUGCUUGCUAAUUGGAAACAUGAACAGUGAACACAGUUGCAGUGGAAAGAAGUAGAAUAAACAAAAAACGUCAACCGUGAUGUAAAAUUGUCCCUAAGAAAGACGCACUUAUGCACUGUGCGAUUGUAAAUCGUGUUGUCUUAAUUAGUGAUACAUGGUUCAUGGUUGGAAUAUAGAAGAUAUGCACUUUCUAUUGUUACUUAUAUAAUGAUAAUGGCUCUUGUUUGAA